AUGGACUUCCCCAUGGAAUCUCCGGAUACUAUGCCAAACUAUGAUAGCGACACAGCAAGUGAAGAAAGACAAUCAUCAGAACCCGUCAACACCAAAAUCCAGGCCAAGUUCCAAAUAGCUCGGCCGCCCCCAAAAUCAAGUCAACUACUUCGGCUCAGUCCCAAACUACUCCUUCAAAUUCAACAAUUACCUCCAAAUCACCGACCAGUGCCUGUACUAGAGAUAUGGCAGCCACCACUCCGCAAGUCAAAAUUGACAAAAGGUUUCCCGCAACGCCCAAAGCUCGGCACGAGGGAUAUCUACGCAACGCUCAAUGAACCAUAUAUCACCAAUAAACAGCCAAACGGACAGGAACAUUCUCAAGGACAAGAUACACAGUCAUACAACAUCCAAGAAAAGGAUAUAGUCGCUGCAAUGUGCCAACCGUCAAGCAGCGACAACCCCACAUCAUCAAUCCACUUCCGUCACACAAAAUGCACAUGGCAACCCAGCGCCAGCUCAGCAGGAUCUGAGAAAGGCACUUGUUACAGAUUUGGCAUUCAAAAAGAAGAAAAUACAGCCGCCUCCGAGCAGUCCCGGAUGAUUAUGCAGUGGGAGAAACGGGCACUCUCUACAGAUGGAAAUGCGGCAUCUGGGUCUCCAGAUAACGAACAGUUCGUUCUUAUGGCGAUUGACCGCAAGAUGCGCCGGAAGAGUCGUAUUGCUACGAUGAAUCGGGGCGGGUUUGAGAUUUCAGUGAGGAAGAGCUCAAUUUUGGAUCAUCUGCGGACUUGUUUGGCGUUGACGGAGCCUGUUUAUGAGGGCUCCCCGGAUUUGGAGACUUGGUUGUACACUCUUGUGUUGACAUUGGGUGUCUCGGUGGCUUCUCAAGAAGGCUGGUUGGGUUGA